AGCAGAUUUGUUUGUUUACUUCUGAGGUUGGACCUAACCUAAUUUAUCUAAACUCGAAAAGUAAAAACCGAAAAUUAGUAAAAAAUAAGAAAUGCAAGUAAAUAAUGCGGCUCUUCAGUAUUUUACAUAGUUUUUUGAGAAAUCAAAACUAUUUCUCUAAAAAAAUUGUUUUUAUACAAUCGACAAACAUUUUUAAUCGUUUAUCUCUACAUUAUAUACUAAGUGAAUCUCUUUUAAAUAACCAGAGAGUAUGCCAGUAUUAUACAGAAAAAGUUGACGAUGAGGAUGAAGAUGACUUUCCAUUACUUGAAAACGACCAAAUCAGUCACAAUUAUGCUAAAUAUGUUUUGUUCAAAAACUCUCAGGAUAAUAUAAUUAACGAUUUGAAUCGUUCAACUUCUUUAGAUGAGGUAUUCCAAAUAAUGAAUAGAUAUAAAUAUGAGUAUAGACCAGAACAUAUAACACAGACAGUACUUGUUCUUAACGAUUUACAAAGUGUUUAUUGCAGUGUACAUAGGUCUCGAGAGGAAGGCUUAAACUUCUUUUUUAAAGACUUGCAUAACCAUAAAGAAUUUACAGAGUUACUACAAGCUGUGAGUAAACACUCGAUGGAUUUUGAUUCAGUUCUUCUGAGUUAUUUGUUACCAUACUUACAAAAAUUAGAUGUUUCAGUAGAAAGUGAACUAAUUCAGAGCUUAUCUUUAAAAUUGCGUGAUGAACUUGUCCAAGAUUUUUGCCUGGAGAAAUGUUCAAGGUUGUUGCGAGUUAUUUUCACAGACAAUAGUGUGCGACCUUAUUAUAUUUCUUUGAAUCUGAUACCAAAAGUCUGCCAAUUGAUAGAUGAAGUUUCUGAUGUUGAGAAUCUAGAAAAUCUGACAAUAUGCCUAAAUAAGCUGCACAAUAUUGUUACUGAUGAUGUUUUGGAGAAGUACAAAGAUAAAAUUCUACAAUUUUUGAAAGCCAAUAUACUGAAUAGUAGUCAUCAAAGUGUGAUUCUCAGGAUAAUCACAUUUUUAACUCUUCCGGAAUGGAGAAACCAAUGCACCAUAUUAACAUCAGAGUGCAUGCUAUUACUUAAAAAUAAGAUUCAUCUUCUUGAUAUACCACAGCUCCUUUUACUAUAUGAGGCUUUCUUCAAAAACCAAGAGCCAGGAGACAUUCUUGAUGAAAUACAAAGAUGUGCCGCAAAAUUCUGGCAAUGCUCUGAAGAAACUAGCCCUCUUGCCAUAGAAACCAGACUUAGACUGUUGAUAUCUUUGCAGUAUUUUUCUUCUCCAUUGCAUAAAGUGCAGUUUCAAAAAGAAGCGAGGACAUUUGUGAAAAGUACCAAUAGCAUUGGAAAACUAACCAUGCUUCAAAAACUUUUUACUUAUGUUAAAAUUUCAGAUGAUAAUUUAUGCAAAAAAUACUGGAGGAUAUAUUUGAAUUACCUUGACACAGACAAAAAUAUCAAAAACAUUGUAACAUUCUGCCAAAAUUAUAUGUACUUCAACGCAGACGUUGAUUUUCGUCAUAGACAGCUUGAAAAAAAAAUUCUUGAGAUGAUAAGAAAAUCCGUUAUCGAAGGAGACAUUAUAUCCCCAUCAGAGCUAGCUAUUUUUAUAAAAUUCACAGUUAUUUAUGGAAGUGGCAGUAUGAUUGACCUGUUGAUGAGAAAAUUAGAAACAAAUUAUUCACAGUUCAGUGCUAAAGACUGUUUCAAAAUAUCACAGAGUAUUGCAAGAUCAUUUGAAGUUCAUAAUAAUUUCAUUGCCAAACAUUAUGUGGAGAAAAUAAAAGAAUUAAUGCACCAACAAACGAAAAAUUUAUUAGAAAUUGAUGACUGUGAUUUUCAGAAGAACUCCCUUCUAAUUUGUGCUGCUGCAUCUCGAAAUGACUUUCAUAAUUUCACAAUAGAUAGCUUAUUUACCAAAUUUAAAGAAAUGGGUUAUAUGUCUUCUAAAAUGUUGGCUAUAUUGUCAAAGUUGAUGUUGAGCACUGACAAUUUGGUUCCAGAAAUUAUGAACAAAUGUACAGAAUAUAUUAUAGAGGAGCAGUCUAAAGUUGUUGGUUUCAAUGCAGAGAGAAUUCUAUUCUCCUGCUAUCAUCUAGCAUAUUAUCCCAUCAAUGCUGAUAAGUUCUUUCCAGUGGUAUUGGAUAUCAUUAUUAGAGACCAAGAACGUUUCAGUGGUCUGACCUUUAUACAGAUGGCUUUGUCAUUGUGCUUCUUCAGUAGACUGCCCAGUUUUCUCGUAAAACAGAUAUUCAACGUUGAGUUUAUGGAUAGACUUGACAAAGAAUUAGCCAUUUGUUAUUCGAAGGAUACAUAUCCAAAGAGGGUGAGAAAUACAUUGAUGGCGCUCAAUAGAGCCGUAUGCUUAGAGUAUCCACAAUUCAACAUUCCAUGGUUUCAUAAGUCGUAUGUUCAAGAUAUGGAAAGAAAAUAUAUACGUGUACAAGACAAUAAUGUUCCUGUCAGGAUAUGGGAGCAUUUAUCUGAACUAGCAGGAAGUUCAAAAAUUAUCUCACAAAACGUAGUUACUCCAUAUGGAUAUCACAUAGAUUUUGUAGUUAAUUUAAACAAGGAGAACAAUAUAGUUUCGUCCGAAUCAGAGGGAAUUGAGAAGAGAGUGGCUGUUCUGCUGGUUCAUCAGAAGGCUUUCACUCGUUUCUAUGUCCACUUGAAGGGCGAGUAUCAGAUGAAGAAGAGACACUUGGAAAUACUCGGAUAUGAAGUAGCAGUCUUGAAAUACCAUGACUGGUCAAAUCUGUUAUAUUCCAGUGAGCGAAUAGAUUAUUUAAAGGACUUGAUUUUCACUGCAGAUUCGAAAUCAAGGAAGUUUCAGAGUGAAAGGUGAUGAUGGUUGUUACCUGCGGGUUUCUCUAGUCAGUACUUCUCAGAAGGAAGAAACCGUUGAACGUGCCACCAAAUGAUGGAUGGGAAAGUAGCGAUUGAAACCGUUUCAACAUUUGUUUUUAUCGUUGUGAACUAAAAUGAAGCAUUGAAAAUGAUGAAAUUAUAGAUUUAUUAAAUUAA